ACACCAUCAAUCCAGUUGUUGCCGCUUUAAUCAAAUAAUAAUAAAGAAAGAUCGUCAUCUCCUUCAAUGCUAAAUUGCUAAUCUUUCUCCAUCCAAUGUGUACUUUGAAUUCAUUUCUAAAUCAUUUUCUGUUGCCUCUCAUCAUCCAUGCUUGAUGGAGAAGGGUGACUGGUAAUAUAUAAAAAUCAGGUGGAUCAAUUCAUAAUUGGGCCAGUGUCAUUCAAAUAACACUUGGGCUAACCAUAAAAGUAGAAAUCACUUUGGGCCCUUUGAUUUCAGCCCAUUCAUUGAUUUCAACCAAGUUCGAUGUCCCAUUCACCUCGGCUUCAACUGGCGCUGACAGACAAAUCUUGCACUCCAAGUAUCACAUCCUUUCCAUCCUCACUACCGUCAAUUUCACGUUGCCCUUCGCUCUGCGGCACCAGAACUUCAAUUCCUUGGUCUCAUUCGGAUGUGUGGUGCACAACCAACAGGCAACAGCCAUUAAUCUCAAGGCUCCAACUUUGACUAACUUCACGGCCAAUCAACAAGUCAAUAGUCUUGAGCUCUUGGCCUCUUCUACCCUAAGCCACAACACCACAUCAACAAAAUAACAAACACAAAAACAAAAUGCUUACUCUGCAUAAUCCUUUCGGCAUCACGAGAUACCGAGUUCCUCCGAUUCGUACUUGACUGCUGAGAGGGAUAGGCGUAAACACCGGGCCACGAUAACCAAAAUUGCAGUCUAUAUAGUCAGUCACCUGCAUUUCCUUGUCCAUGUUCAACCCCCACACCACACUAAUAAGCAUCUGCUGCAUAUGGCUGCUUCUCAGCACCUUCAUUGCUUCUACAUCACGGCAACAAUCAUAUCCUAUGUCCUGAGCCAUUCGUGCGCCGAUGGAGCCAGGCCACAGGAGUUAGGCACCUAUUCACUGCAGCAGCAAGCUCCGACGAACCCAAUUCAUACGGACAGAUUCGGGGUAGGAGUCGCCCUGCCCGUGGUUGCAGGGCCCGGAGGUGGAAGCUACGUGGUUACCGUAGGAUUCGGCACCCCAAAAGUCGAAUUCCCUCUGCUCUUUGACACCGGGAGCGACGUGAGUUGGGUGUACUGCCACUCGUGUUCUCAAGGCUGCACCCCUGGCUCGCCCACUUUCAAUCCUUCGCUGUCUUCGACCUCCUCCAAUGUCCCCUGCAAGGCCUGCGAUUACACCGUGGAGUACCAUGAUCGGUCGCAGUCGAUUGGGGUUUACGCUAGAGACACGAUCUCCCUGGCGGACACCGAGUCUCAGGAAGGGUUCAUAUUCGGCUGUGCUGAAAAAGUCAGUGGGGACUUUGGUCGAACAGCUGGUGUGCUUGGGCUCGGACAAGGGCAGUUCUCGCUGCUGGCACAGACCGAUCCGAAUCUCUUCAGCAUCUUCUGUUACUGCCUUCCGCCCACGGAUUCCGCAACUGGGGUGCUCUGGUUCGGGGUCCAGGCGAUGGAGAGCUGCCGGCCGGGAGCUUCCAAGAUGAUCUCGCUCGUUGUUGACCCGAACAAUAACGGCCUCACCAACUAUUUCGUCAAAUUCACCGGCAUAACCAUUGGGUCCCAGAGACUGGACUUCAAUUCCUUGGUCUCUUCGCCGAUGAGCACGAUAAUCGAUUCGGGGACCGUCGUGACGCGCUUACCUCCGGCGGUCUAUUCGGCGCUCCGGGCGGCGUUCCGGGGGAUGAUGUCGGGGUAUCCCACGGCGGAGCCGACUAAUCUGUUGGAUACUUGCUAUAAUUUGGAGGGACGUGAGCAGGAUUGGACGCCGCCGACGAUGGUGAUGCAUUUUGAGGAUUCGGUGGACGUGGGACUGGAUCCGUCGGCGGUAACGCUGAAGGAAGGAGAUGGGGAAUCGGCGUCUCGAGUUUGCUUGGCUUUCGCCGGUAACGGCGAUGAGAAUGAAUUGACGAUUAUUGGGACCCAACAGCACCGCGGGUUGAGGGUUUACUACGAUAUCAAUGGCCAGAAACUGGCGUUCGCCGCCGGUGGCUGCUGAUCGAUUAUCUCGAUGUAGCACUGUUUUUAUCUUUUUCCCUUUAAACCGUUGUUGAAUACUCGUUAAUUGCGGAUAGUUACCAUAAAUGGUACCAAAACUAUUCACUUUGUACAAAACGGUUACAAUCUUUUAAUUUUACACGUUUAAGUAACAUUUGUUUGGACUAAUAAUAAAAUGGUAAUUCCGUCCAUCUCCAUCCAAAAUUCUGUUAGUUUGGUCAAGUUAAUUGUCCCGUCAGCAUCCUCGUCAUCAAAAUAAUUAAUAAAAUAAAAUAAAAACAAUUAAACCCUAACCAACCCACCACCCCCAAUCCAACCCAACCCAUUACUCUCUACCUCUGAUCUCCCUCUCCGCCACCAUCUCCGCACAGCUAGGAAGGUAGGCAAGGUAAGAGGAUCAGUUCAGAUCCAAUUUCACCUCUAUCAUCUUUGUGAUGAUAUCUAAUCCCUUGCACUUUCGCUAAAGGAUAGAGAAUCCUAUAGUAGGUCAUGUUAGCAAAUCGCAAGAACUUGGGAGGAAACCAUACUCUUCACCGGACUUAUUUCCAGCGGAACAAACUAGCUGGCACCUUCAUUUUAUAUAUUUUCUUCCUCCUCGACAAGGAUCUUGCAAUUGCAUUGAUAUAAAUGCUAUUAUGAGUAGGGUAGGAAAUUUGGUACCAGUAUUUGGGAUAUACCGAAUACCGUACCGAAUUUGUCUAUAUUUGGUAUUAUUGAAUACACGUAUUAUUUCUUGCGAUUGAGAUUGAGAUUGAAUUUCAAUUGGUAUUCGGCAUUAGGGAUUACGGGAUUGAGAUCAGUAUAUAUCGAAAUACAAACUAGUGUGUAUUUUAUCCUCUCAACUAAACUCUCUCAUUCACUACUUCACGACCCUAAACCACGUGUCAUUUAGUUAUACAUAGAUCAUUCCAUCACUAUUUCACAACUUAGAAGUUCUCAUCCAACUCAAAUUUGACUUUCCAAUUUAAGUCACUCUCGUCUCUCAUCUAAUCUCUUGUUAUUUUGAUAACACCAAAAUGCAAAUACUAGUAUUAGUCAUCUCUCAUCCUCCAAUUCGUCAAAUUAAAGAUUACCAAUGACAAGAACUUGAAAUGUCACCUCUCCUUCAUUCUCCUUAUCCAUAUCCUAGCUCUAGGCAAACUCAAGACUCUUUGUUUAGUCUCUUUGCACUAAAGUAAACAAUUAAAUUUUUA